AUGGGUUCCGCUCCUCGCCUCGGCGCCCUCGGGCACACCUUCACCGCCAUGCGCGCCAUGCAGUUCGUUUCUUUGGUGUCCAUAAUCGGCAUGGUCUCCAACUUUAUUUCGGAGAUUAACGGUGCUGAUGCCGUUCCGCCUUCCGUCUUGAUCGGCACGCUCGUUAUUUCCUGCAUCGCAACCCUCUACAUCUCAAUCACCUACAUCCUCUACUACGACAACAUGCUCCCCCUCCUCCUCGCCGCCGGCGCAGACACUUUCUUGCUGAUCGCCGUCAUCGUCGUCGCCUGCCUCCUAGGCAAACCCCUCUCCUACCUAGACUGCGCCGCCCUGCCCAAGUCCAGCGGCAGCACCGCCAACUUCAUGGCUUCCGUGACGGCCAACAUCAACACGGGCUCCGCGCUCAACUACUUCAUCUGGGUCGGCGCCGACCAGGGCACGUGCUACGCUAUCAAGGCCGUCUGGGGUCUGUCGAUUGCGCUGUGUGUGCUGUUCGCGUUCAGCGCUGUGACGACUGUCUGCCUCUGGCGCAGGGUGAAGCUUGCGCCUGCGGGGGUCAAGGAUAUUGAGGGUUGA